AUAUUAUAUAUUUUAUAUAUUUAAAAUGCUCUCUAUAGUUGUUCCUUUGAAUGCUGUUGUCUCCCCCUUAAUUUUCCCUGAAUACUUUCCUAUCUGAUGUACUUCGUGUGCUGUGCCCAGGAAAUAAAUGUGAAAUCGGUUCACAGUGUUCCUCCACUUCAAGGUUGGCCACUAGCACAUGUUGUUUUUGUGCUGCUUUUGCAGAUGGAUGUGUAAAUCAGCAUAUAUGAGGAAGUGAAACCAAGGUUGGCGUUGAACUCUGGGAAGUUUUCAAACCAGAUUCUCACUUCCGCCCACAACCUGAGUGAGUGAAUGUGAAAGUCCUGCCUUGAUUUUUCCCUUCAGCUGUGAGUGAUAAACACAAGCCACUGCUAUCUAAACAUCUGCCCCAACAGAUGGACUAGCACUCUGUGUGUGUGUGUGUGUGCGCACAUCCUUCACACAUUCCCAUUUUUGACUUGGAGUUGUCCUCUCAAAAUAACUCCUAUUCUUUACGACCUUAUAUGUGCACAGCUACUGUGUGUGAGGAAGAGCCUGCCCGCAAAGGAAUCAUGUAUCCAGGCCUUGCAGAACAGACUGCAUCCCCAGCAACUGCUGUUGCUCUGUGUGUAUCAGCAGGCUAGAUCUCAGCCCAGCACACAAAAGCCUGUUUGAUGCUUUUACUCUCUUUGCAAUGCAUCUCAUAGAUCUUAAUCAGGAGUGCCUGCUUCAUCUUUUUUCAUUCUUGGAUAAAAACAGUCGGCGGAACCUGUCUCUGACCUGCAAGCGUCUCCGAGUAGCCUUCCUGGACCCUGCCCUCUGGUCUCUGCUCAACUUUUUCUCCCCUAGUGAACUUAUGAGGAACAACUUUAUCCUUGGCCCCUUUUUGAGGUACUUGAAUAUAUGCUGGCAUUCCAGCAGGGUCAAAGUGUGUAACAUUGAAGACUUUAAGAAGACGACGUUCCAGAGGGACCUCUGCAGCAAGCAUGUGAGCUUGGUCAGCCAUUUCCUGGAUCGUGUUUGCCACAUGUGUCCAAACCUGCUGUCCCUAACCCUGUCCGGUUGUGGACACAUCACAGACGGAGACGUGAUCAAUGUGCUGAGCAGUUGCAGGCAAUUGCAGCGACUGUGUCUAGAGAACUGCUGCCGCGUGACGGAUGUUGUGCUGCAGGCAGUAGUAACCCACGGAGGCAGUCUGCAGGAAGUGAGGGUGGAUUUCUGCAGGAAUGUAACACACACCGGGCUGCAGGCUUGCAGAGAGAAGAGGCCUGGAGUUCGACUAUUCGCUGAGCGGAGCGCAGGGAUGAUACCCGACACUCAGCCUGGGGAAAAACUAUACAUCACAAAGGCACUGCAGAAAGUCCUUAUCCUUUCCUGAGAGCCAAGGAUGGGGAUAAGAAGAUCAGGUGUUUUCUGAGACCUGAGAAGUUAUGCACAGUAAUCUGAUGAAUUCUUUUUUUUUUUACUUUGAGGUGGAAAAGUGGGCAUUAUGUUCAGAUUUCUUAUUAUUUUUCAUCUUUGUUUUUAUUAGAAUUUUUAUUACUGAGGUAUCCAUGGUCAUUCAAAAUGGUGUGAAGUUUCUACAGUGCUUAAAUACAAACCUGUAUUUAAUACCAUUCAUUAAAGAAUAAAUAAACAAACAAAAGUGUGUCUUCAAGCAUGCAUUGAAGAGUUGACUCCUUUAAAUCUGUAUAAUCUAUAAUGUAGAGAAUGUUCCAAACACUACAUUUCUUCUACUCAAAACAUACUAUAUAGCAUGUUGACUAAAUUAUACAUGUGGAAUUCUUCAGUGAAUUAUGAGGACUGCCUGUCUUAGCUCACUUUGUCCUUAACAUGGGCCUGUUUAUGUAACAUACUAAAUGGCCUUACAGUACUUGGAUUUGCUCUGCAAUUGUGCAUUCACUAUUUGUUGCAGUCUCAUUAUUUUUCCCUGAAACACUCCACACUACUUGAACUUACAGAACUGCUAAGCUAUUAACCUGAUCCUCGCUCAAUUCUACCUGAUCACAGUACAGUUGUCUAUUAAGUAGUAUGUAGGCUACCAUAGUUCUCUGUUAUUUCACCCUACAAAAAUAAUUGAAUGGCAUGUUUUGCUUACAUGAUCACAGGCCUACAUGAUUCAUUCAGCCAUAGAGACUGUGGAUACUGGACAUGAUCCGAGUUCUGCUGCCAGGUUGCUUGCGCAAACAAAACCGGUGGAGUAUAGAGCAGAGAGAGAGAGGGUCUCUUGCUUUUAAUUCAGGGAUAAGACAAAGAAAUGUAGCUGUUGCUUCAGACAUGGAGAGCACUGAGGUCAUGUCUCAGCACACAGAGGUUAACUGAGGGUGCACUGUUUUGGCUUCCAGACAUAGCUUUGAUUAGAAAUGUUUUGUAAAAAUGUUGGAGGCAGAAUGGCAGUAGGUUGGUUUGUUUAGAUGCCACGUGACAGCAUUGCAUUUUAAAGUGCUGUACUGGACUAAACCGGUUUUAAUGACGGACCAUGUAAACUAUAUGGUAUCUUGUAUACGGUCUGUAGUUUCAAGUAAGGUACUUUAUAAUUUGGUGAUUCCAUGGGGUGCAUUAUCCAUCCCACUGAUAUUACAUUUACAAUUAUGUAUGUUAAGCAAAGUAAAAGCCAUAUUAAGCAUUGGCAAAGUGUCCUUCUACACUACAACACCCUGCUGAAACAAAACUAUAGAAACCAUCAUAGAAAUUCUAAUGGCUUCCACUACAAAUACCAUUACAAACCAUCAGCUAACAUUAAACCAUUACCAUUACCAUUAUUGGUCCUUAAUGGUAUCUAUUCAACAUAACAUACCACUAACAGAAGGCAACAAAUUACCAGUAUAAACCCACAGGGAUCAUUACAGUUUCCAUUAAAACCAAUACAAUUCCCAUUAUGACCAUUACAAAUUCUGGAAAGUUUUCUAUUGUUUUUUUCAGCAGGGCACUUGGAAAACAAAAUUUUGCUGCUCUCAUCCCACAAUAACUAAUUAUUUCAAAAAACUUUUUUUUUUGCAUGAAUGUGCUUGAAAUAUCCUUUUUCAUGUUAAAAGCUCAACACUUUUACUUUGUGAAAUGUUACCCAUUUAACAGCCAAAUUUAACAGCAGUGUCUGAAAAUAAACCUUGUAAAAAUUGUUGUAUCUACAUGUAUAUACAUUGUAUCUAAUGUAUUAACACAUCUUUGAAUGCUUAACUUUAGGUUUUCUUAUAUUCACUAUAAAAUUCUUUUAAAAGGCACCACAAUCAUGUAAACACCCCUAAAAUAUAAAACAUGCUGAAUGCUACUAAUAUAAAUUGAGAAAUAUGUCUCAAAGUGCACAUUAUGCACAAUACCUUUAGACCAAAUUAUCAUAUAUAGCUAACCUCACCGAA